AUGGUUUCGGUACACACCGUGUGUGCCAAGGGAGCGCGCGAUCAGGUUGAUACAGUAGACGUGGUUUUGAGAACCUAUCGGGCAGAGGUGCUGGUGUUUUUCCCAGGCGACAUAUCUGCCAGUCAUGAAGAGAUGAUGUCAAAUUCUGACCUGAGCGAUCUGUGGCUGGUAGACUGGAGCACCGAGUCGAUUGCAACGAUGCUGGCCUCUCGUUUCCCUGAGCUUCACAUCAUCUUGGUUCGGCCUUCGCGGCAACACGACGGUUACAGUUGCUUUGACCAUUUUCUGGAAACCAAUGCCACUGGAGAUCCCCUCAACGGAAACUACAAGGCCUCCUCAUGCACGGCGACCGAACAUCUUCUGCUCGUGCUGCAAGACAUCUCAACAACUUUUGGGCACGACCGCUUCAGUCUCUGUGAAUCGUUGUAUGUGCUGGGAUUCAGCAAAGGUGGCACGGUGCUGAAUCAGCUUUUGACGGAGAUUGGUAGUACAGAAGAGCAGACGUCUUCCGUGUCCUCUCUCGUUUCAGCGCUCCGAGCGCUUGUUUGGCUGGACUCCGGGGUUAAUGACGGAUGCUGUGUGUUCAUAUCCGACGAGAACGUUAUGCGUCUGGCAGCAGGAAAGUUGCGGCUGACACAACCGCCAACACAACUGCGGGUGGUGUUUUCUCCGUUUCAGCUUUAUUCGGAGGAUUACAUGUAUGAGUAUGACGACGAAGAGAUACCAGCAACUUCGCUGGAACUCGGGCUGGACCGCCUACAAUCGGUAAUGUUGCAAGAAUCCAUUCCCUUUGAAGUUGAGCUGUGCUGUUUCGAUCGCGAGGCUUCCUUGCAGACGCACUUCCAGGUGAUCCAGGAAUUUACGUUUCCAGAGCAUCUUUCCAAGUGUGAGAGUGCUCCGGGCCAGAAGAGCAUUCGCGCGAAGAGAUCCACGACUUUCGCUGCUGCACUAAAUGCUGCACGAAGCAGCAUGCAGAGAGCGAAGACCCUUUCGUUGACGUGUGCGUGCAUGUAA